AUGCAAAAUACUCGAAAGAAAAUUCUUAAAAAAAUUAAAGGUACUAAAAAACCUAUCUUUGAUGAAGAAAUUAUUCCUGAAGACCCAUUUGAUAUUUUUUAUAAAAACAGCCCUCUGUCUUUAGAAGAUGUAACACUAUCAGAAUUAGAUUCAAGUUUUAUCGAUGAGGCUGAUACAACAAAAAUUAUUAGUAAACCCUCACAAAAAGAUGGUGAAUCUUAUAAUCACAUAACAAGCCCAUUGAAUAAACCUACACAGAAAAUAUCGGAAGAUGAUUUUUUAUCUGUGUUGUCUAAACCCAAGUCAGUAAAUUCCCACAAAUCUUUUAUAACACCAAAAAUUAUAAAUCAAUUAAUUUUAUACACAUCAGAUGAUAUUGUACAAGAAGCUGUACCUAUGUAUAAAUUUCCAUACAUGCCUGAUUUACGAUUUGAAAAGAGCAAUAUUUUUAAAUCUAUUUAUACUCUGUUUAUUAGUUCACUUCUUAACAUUUUUAAAAGUAAGAAAGACUUUAUAAUGAAGUAUAAAUCAGAUAUUUUAAUUUAUAAAAAUAAAGAACUGAAAGUUUCUAAGGGACUAAUAAAGUUGCUUAAUUCUAAUGACAUAAAAUACGAAGAAAAUGAUUUUCUUAUACUUAAAAAUAUUGACAUAGAUCUAAUGAUAGAUUUAAUACUAAAUGAGCCCUUAUCUUCUACUUAUGUUAUUCCUUUUAUAAUUAGCAGGCAUAAAUUUAUAAAUGGAAUGUAUUAUGAAGUCAAUCUUAAAAAGGACAAAAUAGCAGUUAAAAAAAACAAUCAAGUUUUGUAUAAGUACAUAUUAGACGGUCCUUUUCUUAAUCAGGAUUUUAUACAUUUUUUGUCUUAUGACAAUGAUACAAAUUGA